GCGGGGAGAGCGGGCGGCGGCGCGGGCAGAAAACUUGAUUGGAUUUAACAUAUUUCCUUGGGAUCGGAAGGGACUGCUGCCUGCUGGAUCUGGCUUAGACACCCGACAGACGAGUUCCAUGUGGAUGGUAUAAUAAACUCCAUUCUACAUCCUGGUGAUUCUGUGGUCCAAGUUCAGAAACUGAUUCGAACUCCUAUGGUGUGAAUUGGAAGAGGUGCAGUGAUUCGGAAUGUUGGGUUUGAAAGCUCAGGGAAGAAGCAGCAGGGAGAAAAAGGUAACUCAGUGUGCCUGAAAAUGACAACAAAGCGGAAUUUGUUUGUGCGGCUGGUGCCGUGCCGCUGUCUGCGUGGAGAAGAAGAAACGGUCACUACACUUGAUUAUUCUCACUGCAGUCUGGAACAGGUGCCUAAGGAGAUUUUCACUUUUGAAAAGACCUUGGAGGAACUCUAUUUAGAUGCUAAUCAGAUUGAAGAGCUUCCAAAGCAACUUUUUAACUGUCAGUCUCUGCACAAGCUGAGUUUGCCAGACAAUGAUCUAACCACAUUGCCAGCAUCCAUCGCAAAUCUCAUUAAUCUCAGGGAACUGGAUGUCAGCAAGAAUGGCAUACAGGAGUUUCCAGAUAAUAUAAAAAACUGCAAAGUCUUGACAGUUGUUGAGGCCAGUGUAAAUCCAAUUUCCAAACUUCCAGAUGGAUUUUCCCAACUGUUAAACCUAACGCAGCUGUACCUGAAUGAUGCUUUUCUUGAGUUUUUGCCAGCUAACUUCGGCAGAUUAACUAAACUCCAGAUACUGGAACUUAGAGAAAACCAGUUAAAAAUAUUGCCAAAAACCAUGUCCAGACUGACUCAGCUGGAGAGACUGGACUUAGGAAGUAAUGAAUUCACAGAAGUGCCUGAAGUACUUGAACAACUGAGUGGGUUAAAGGAAUUUUGGAUGGAUGGUAAUAGACUAACACUUAUCCCAGGGUUCGUAGGUACUUUGAAACAGCUGACCUACUUGGAUUUUUCUAAAAACAACAUUGAAGUAGUUGAAGAAGGUAUUUCAGGUUGUGAAAGCCUACAAGACCUACUAUUAUCCAGUAAUUCACUUCAGCAAUUGCCAGAGUCCAUUGGUUCCCUGAAGAAGGUAACAACACUUAAAAUUGAUGAAAACCAGUUAAUUUAUUUGCCAGACUCUAUAGGAGGGUUAAUAUCAUUAGAAGAACUGGACUGCAGUUUUAAUGAGAUUGAAACAUUACCUUCAUCUGUUGGGCAACUCUCUAACAUAAGGACAUUUGCUGCAGAUCAUAACUUUUUAACACAGCUGCCACCAGAGAUAGGAAACUGGAAGCAUGUAACAGUGUUGUUUCUGCAUUCUAAUAAGCUUGAAUUUCUUCCCGAAGAAAUGGGCGAUAUGCAGAAGUUAAAAGUCAUCAAUCUGAGUGACAAUAGACUGAAGAAUUUGCCCUUUACUUUUACAAAACUGCAGCAGCUCACUGCUAUGUGGCUGUCAGACAAUCAGUCUAAACCACUUAUUCCUCUUCAAAAAGAAGCUGACCCUGACACACAGAAAACAGUGCUUACCAACUACAUGUUCCCCCAGCAACCAAGGACUGAGGAUGUUAUGUUCAUAUCUGAUAAUGAAAGCUUCAAUCCAUCUUUGUGGGAGGAACAGAGGAAACAGCGUGCUCAGGUGGCUUUUGAAUGCGAUGAAGACAAAGAUGAAAGGGAGGCACCGCCUCGGGAGGGCAAUCUGAAGAGAUAUCCAACUCCGUAUCCUGAUGAACUGAAGAAUAUGGUCAAAACAGUCCAGACAAUUGUACAUAGACUAAAGGAUGAAGAAUCUACUGAAGAUAUUGCUAAGGAGUCAAAACGAGAAGGCCAAGCAGUUUCUGUAAAAGAUGUGGGGGUAAAGACUUCAGAAAUUGCUCCAGUAAAAAACAAAGCAGAUGAGAGAAAGCAACCUUCAGCAGGAAACUCUGUGCAAAAGCCUACUGAACCAGAAGCUGAGCACAGCGCUGCAAAUUCACAGAUGACUGCACUUGUUAAAACCUCAAAGAACACGAAAACAAUUGUCAACCAUGAAGACACGCUUGAGGAUGUGUUUGAGACUUGUGACAAAUUCUGGAACUUGUCAGUUAACCAGUUGCCGGUCCAGGAAUCAGAAGAACUCUCCUCUGAUGAAGAGAUGAAAAUGGCAGAAAUGCGUCCACCGCUGAUAGAAACUUCCAUGAACCAACCAAAAGUGGUAGCUCUUAGCAAUAACAAAAAAGAUGAUUUAAAAGAUGCUGAUUCCGUAUCAGAUGAAGCUACCCACAACAGCAAUCAAAAUAACAGCAACUGUUCCUCUCCUUCUCGAAUGUCGGAUUCUGUUUCCUUAAAUACUGAUAGUAGCCAAGAUGUUUCUCUCUGUUCUCCGGACAAAGAAACGCACGCAGCUGUUCUAUCCAAAAUCAGACAAGAAGAUGAAAAUUUGAAUAAUCUUUUGCAAAAUGGAGGUGAAUUAAGCAUUGCAGUAGAAGAAGAGAUUAAUGUGGAAGACAAGGUUACAAAUUUAUCUGAGUAUGAAUUAAGCAUUGAAGAAAGAUUAGGCCUGAUAGGAAAAGGUGUUGAUCUAAACACUCUUACUGAGGAGUCUCACAAAUUAGACCAAAUAAACAUGAAUAUCAAUAAGCUGGCUAGUGAAGAAGCAGUGCCAGUUCCUGUAGAAAGACUAAAACCACAGGAAAUAGCAUCAGUAAAGGGGUUUUUGAAUAACAAUGUGAAAGAAGAAAAUGAGCACUUGGAAAAUGGAAAUAAAUAUCCUAUAAGUAAAGUAAAUGGUCAUCCUGAGGAAGCAGUGCAGUCUCCUAUCAGAGAUGAAGUAAUGCAAAGCACUAUAGUUGGUGGUGAUUCUUCUGCUGAGCUGCCUGUUUCAAAGAGCACUGAAGAUCUGUCUCCGCAGAGAAGUGGUCCUGUGGUAAAAUCUCACAGCAUCACCAGUAUGGAUACUGGCAGUCUGAAAAUCUAUGAUAUUGUCAAUGACAAUGGACCUCAGCAACCAAACACAGUGGCUAAAUCAGCAUCUGGUAGUGCAGAUGGAAAAAAUAUCGUCAGAAGUAAAUCUGCUACUCUUCUGUAUGAUCAACCUUUGCAAGUUUUUCCUGGAUCGUCGUCGUCAACUGAUUUAAUGUCUUCUACAAAAACUGUGUUCAAGUUUGACUCAAAUCACAAUCCUGAAGGUGCUAAUGUGGUGAGAGGGUCUGUGGCAAGUGGCACACAAAUGUUCUGCACUCCCCAGUAUAACAUUCAGUACAGCACCAGUGCAACAGCCAAAGACACCCUGUGGCCCCAGAAACAAAGCACCCCAGUAGAACAAGGCAGCUUACCUCCUUCCCGUCUGCUUAGGUCUGACAGCACAGAAACCCCUAGCUAUGUAAAGCAUUCUGCCAAUAUGAAUUUCUCCAAUCAUAACAAUGUGCGAGCCAGUACCGCUUAUAACACUCAUCAGCGGAUGUCUGGGAGACAUAUAGAUACGUGGGCUGUUCCACCAAAUGACAGACUGCUCCCAGGAGCAACCAGAAACACUCUGCAAAGGCAGAGCAGUGUAACCUCUACAGCUUCUGUAAAUGUUGGUGAUAUGGGACCCUCAAGGCGGGCUCAGCUUCCUGAAGGGGACUACUUAACGUACAGAGAUUUGCAUUCAAUGGGAAGAGCUCCACCAGUAAUGUCUGGGCAUCAGAGACCUCUUUCUGCCAGGACAUACAGCAUUGAUGGUCCAAACGUACCCCGACCACAGAGUGCUCGACCUUCAGUGAAUGAAAUACCAGAAAGAACUAUGUCAGUUAGUGACUUUAAUUACUCACGGACUAGUCCUUCAAAGAGAUCAAACCCAAGGGUUAACUCUGAGCAUUCUUUAUUAGACCCCCCAGGAAAGAGUAAAGUCCCUCAUGACUGGAGGGAACAGGUGCUGCGACACAUUGAGGCUAAAAAACUAGAAAAGCAUCCCCAGGCUUCUACUCCAGGAGAACAGUGCCAAGAUGAGGUAUUCAUUUCAGGACAGCAGAAUUACUCCUCUGCCACACUUAGCCUCAAAGAUGUUCCUCCAGACAGCAUGAAGAAAGUAGCUCUGCAGAUACCUUUGACAAAUGGACAGAUGUGCCAGCCUCAAAGACCACAGGCAAACUACAGCCAAGUCCACCAUCUCCCUCCUCAGUCAUCAGUAGCAAGACAUCCAUCUAGAGAACAACUAAUUGAUUAUCUGAUGUUGAAAGUUGCCCACCAACCUCCCUAUGCACAAUCGCAGUGUUCUCCCAGACAAGGCCAUGAAAUGGUAAAGCAAGAGAUUCGAGUGAGAAUUGACAAGGAUCCUGAGCUUGGAUUUAGUAUAUCAGGAGGAGUUGGCGGUAGAGGGAAUCCGUUCAAACCUGAAGAUGAUGGUAUAUUUGUAACCAGAGUGCAACCAGAAGGACCAGCAUCUAAGCUAUUGCAGCCUGGAGAUAAAAUAAUUCAGGCUAAUGGCUACAGCUUCAUCAAUAUUGAUCAUGGACAAGCAGUUUCUUUGCUAAAGACUUUUCAGAAUGCAGUGGAACUCAUCAUUGUACGAGAGGUUUCUUCAUAAAUACUGUGGAUAUGGGGAAAAAGCCAACAAAUUCAUCAAAGGACUUCUGGUGAACUGAAUAUUUUGACUAUUUUUAUAUAUGAAAGGGACUUGAACUAUGAUCAAAAUUUGUACAGAUGAAAUAUUGAACUUGUGGUUAAAGGGGGGAAAAACCACUGUAUAGAACGUGCAGGAAAUCAUUUUGGAAAUGCAUAUGGUGAAUAAACUUGUUUUUAAGCAUUAUAGCAAUCUAAGGAUCACUCCAAGAACAAACCUGUGUUGUUUUUUUGUACAGAUGGUAGGUUUAUUUUUGGAUAAUUCAUACACAUUACUAAACUUUGUGCAAGGCUUUGAGAAGCCUAGGUUGUAGCCAACGGACAGAUGGCAGGGCUGUCUGUCCUGUAGCUGUUUAUUGCCUUUAUUUUUAUUCACCAGAUAUUAAUGUGUUAGUGAAACCACUUCUGUAGAUGUGGACAGGAGGUAUGAAACUUUGGUUGGCUUUGCUAUGUGCACGUUGUAUAGAUGAAUGGGUGGAUGGAAGGUGGUGCUGGUGGGAUGGAAUAAAGGCCAGGUGAAACAACUAUUUACUAUCUAAAUUUGGAAUCAAGAGAGAAGAAAAACUGUUUAGUUUUGGAGUGUAUGUCUACCAAUAGAAAAUGCAAUAAAAGCUUACAGUGUUUUUUUUUUUAGGAAGACUAUAAUUACAAAUUUGUGAUCUUCUACAGGAUUUGUUCUUAAUGUAGUCAUUGAAUAUUCAUUUGCAAUCGCAUACAUGCGAUUCAAGUUUAGUUGUGUUUGGUUUUUUUGCAUACAUAUUUUUUUCAGCUGUACUGUGGAAAUGUGCCCAGAGAUUUUUCUCUGCCAUGGAAAUCCCCAAUUUGUGCAAAUGGUGAUGCUUUUAUCUUUAUGAGAUGUACUCCAUUUUAAUCUUACAGAUUUUAAAAAUGAAACUGAAAUGGCCAGUUUUUAAGAUUGUUGCCUGUAAAAUACAUCUGAAAACAUACGAAUGAUAUAGGAAGGUUAUAAACGUCAUCUUGAUUUUGUUUGGCCUUUGCAUUACCCUGUUAAUCAAAAAGGAAACCAUACGCGUGGAGCUAGGUAACCAAAGCAAGUCUGUGAAACUUUGAGUAGCGAUGGAGAAUUGCUGUGGGGAGCCGAGGAGCAAAGGGAGGGCGUACUUGCAACCCACCAGUUCGUAAUGAUGUUUCUUAAAGGGCUGUUCCUACAGGUAACUUUAAAUGUGAACUAGACACUUCAGAGUCAUUAAAGGGUUUCUAACUAUAUUAAUAAGUGAUUUACCACAGGCUGCCUUUGUUCCUUAUUACUGUAUAAAAUACUCAAUUAUGCUUUUAUUAAUUCUGUUUACCAGAAACGUUAGUUUUCUUUCUCCUUUGUAAUUGAAUAGAGACUGCAUAAUCUGCAGUGAUAAUUAAUACACGGUUGUUAUGGACCAGGGAAAAGUGCCAUAGAAGACCAGUAACUGUUUUUAAUCGGGGCUAAUGAUUAGCCUGUCAUUGGAGCAAUAUUUAGUUAUUGCAGUUAAUUUUUAAUUAUAUAUGAGUUGGUAGUUUGAACUAGUUCUGGUUGCUUUUUUUUUUUUUUAAAAAAAAACUUUGUACAAAAACAAAUGCUUUUAAUAAAGCUAGCAAAAUCACCAACCUCCUUUUGGUUUUGGAAAAAAUGAGCUGGAAGAGAAAGGAAUUAUAUAUAGCUAGCGGUAAAAAUCAGGCAGUAAGUGAACUCCAAUACUAUUGCACUUCUUUCAGAGAUGUUAACUGUUGCUUAUUGUACUGUGUAUAGUUCUAAUUUUAACUGAAACCCUUUAACAACUCUUUGUAUAUUUUAAUUUUAGUUGAUUUUCAGUAAUAUUUACAUAGGAAAUGAUUUUUUUGAUAUACUAGCAGAAAUGUGGUGUAUUUUGAUAAAAUUCACGUAUUUUCUGUGUGCUGUUAAUCUCUAAAGAAAAGAAUGAGAAACAUAGCUAUAUAAUGGCAGGCUUCAGUGUUCCCCUUCUAAGAUGUCUGUUGUUUAGUUUAUAUUUUUUUAUUGAAAAUGCAAAAUGUUCACAUCACAUCUUCAUUACUUCUAAUCACGUUAUUUUUAUCACACACUGCCUUUUAAAGGGAAUGCAUACAGACAAGUCCUGAAUUAACUUGGUCUUAUACAUAACCUGAUCUUUGGGAAGGGAAAAGAGUUCAAAAAGCAGAACUGAUUCUUUACUGAUCUUGGAUGGACUUUAUAUACAUUUUGCAGAACAUUUUAAAUAUAUCACUAAGAAAUGAUACUGUAUUCUACUUUGCUUUAAUGUUAACAGAAAUUUUAAACUAUAUUGCGUCACUUAGUUUGCAAAGUUAUGUAUUGCAGGAAAAUGCUACCAAAAACUGCUUGGCUAUGGUAGAAGUGCAGAAGUAGAGAUUUACAGCAAGAAGCUUAGUACUUCUUGGGGAAAUACUUGGCCAAAGUUUGUCUUCAGUAAAUUAGCAAAUUAAUAAUCAUCAAAUAAAAUGUUGAUUAUGCUGAUUUUAUUCAGUAAACCUUGGAGUCUGUAA